AUGGAUUCUGAAGACGGAGACCACUUUAUAAAGCAACUGGCCGCCUUUGUGCGCAACCAUGAAAAGGCCCUCGCCAAUGCCUUGCAGUUCCAACGCCGAGAGAUUCGACAUCGAUCGUCCCAAAGCACGAGUGCAGCCACGAUCCCCCCCUCCCCGACCUUGCCAGAGCGACCAUCUACAUCUUCAUCCACAACAAGUACUCUGGCAGCCGCCUUUUCAUUGGGAGCCCUGAACUUCACCUCACACAGCGUCAAGUCUGCAAAGUUGGCGCUGACACCCCACCACCUAUUCUUCCUCCUAUCUCGCUUCGAAGAACUCGGGAUCAAUGUUGGACCCAUGAAAGUGCGGUUGGAGAAUCUCCACGAUAGUUCCUCCUCCACCAAUUAUGUCUCGUUCCUAGGAAAUUCUCAGAGGGCUCGUAGCCGCAGUUCUGAUGUAGGAUCGAUACACUCCGUCUCGAGCAUGCGAAGUGUCAUGUCUGGCAUGUCUGCGUUGUGGAACAGCUUUGGCAUUGGCGCCAGCAUAUCCGCCGCACGAACCGAGCGUCAGAAAGCCGCCCUCCAGACCGAUUUGAAAUAUCUUUACUCUGCCUUCACCAAGAUUCCUUGCUUGAGACUGGCUCCCGACUGGCGAGCAAGGUUGAUCAGUGGAUAUGAGGAAUUCCCAUUCGAUUCCGCCGUCCCGAUUUAUGUGUUCAAGAACUUGCAAGCACUUGAGAUCAAUAGUAUCGACUUCCGCCAAUUUUUCGGUUGGGAUCGCCUGGCAGAUCAGCUACGGUCACUCAGUUUAAGACACGCUGGUAUUGAGGACCCAGCGGACAUUUUGAUAGAUAUUGUGCUGGAUGAUAUGGACAAGAGGCGUCGUCGUACGUCCAAGUCGCAAUCCUCGCCAACCACAACCUGGGCUGGGACCAACAGUCCUCGGCGCAGUCCUACCAUCCCUCCCGAACUCGUUCGAGCAGCUUCUGCUCCUGGGUCGCCUGAGCAUAGAACUCUCCUUGCUGACCUUCGGCGCGGGUCCAUGACACCUAACGAGCCAGUCCUAGAGGACAGCGAGAGCUCCGACACCGCCAGGCCAUCAAUCUCCCGUGAUGACGUUGAAGACGCACCCCGAUCCCCCAACAAAAUAUCCCGACCACGAAGUAUCUCGCCCUCCCGCCCUGCGAGCUCCAGAAAUCACUCCUCCCAUGUGAGGUCUUCUCAGCAACGUAUCAGGCGUUCGGGUUCCGGCUCUUCCCACUCUAGCCUCUCUGAGUCUUGGCAUCACCAUGCAAGAGGCAGCUCCGGUAACCUCUUAGCUAUUGGGAUCCUUCCUGCAUCUAAAUGGCGCUUCUUACGACACCUUAGUCUUGCUGACAAUGCAAUGACCUCCAUCCCACCUGCUAGUCUGGCUCCUCUCUCAAACACUCUUUACUCCCUAGACCUGUCAUCCAACCUAUUCAGUCAAAUUCCCGAUAGCUUAGCCUCUCUUACCGCUCUGCGAGCUCUGAAUCUUUCCCACUGCAUGAUCGACUCGCUUCAGUCCCUGACGCGCAACCCACUCCCUGCCAUUACAGCCCUGAACCUUCGUGCAAAUCGUUUGCAGUCACUAGCAGGAGUCGAGAAGCUCUACCCCCUGGAACGUCUUGACCUGCGUGACAAUCGCCUUACCGAUCCGUUAGAGCUUGCAAGACUGACAGGUAUUCCCGACAUUCGAGAAAUCUGGUUGGAUGGUAACCCGUUCACCAGAACUCACAAGGACUACCGGGUAACCAUCUUCAACAUAUUUCGAUCCGCGCCAGGCUAUACAGAGGAUCUCGUAAUUGAUGGCAGUGGACCGAGCUAUUCUGAGAAGCGGCUAUUGAUUGAGCGGGCACCUAUCCCCGAAUCCGUUCCGGUAGUCAAGCCAACGAUCCCUGACUCUCCAGCGGCUGUUGAUGUUAGCAAACCUGCUAUCAUUUAUAGCUUACCCAAGGAGCCAUCCGUUCUUCGUAAAGAGCGUCCAGUGGCCAAGGCUGUAACCAGUGAAGUUAACACCAGUUCUUCUCGGCGCCGAAAAGUGUCCAAAAGACGUAUUGUUGACCUUGCAACCGGCGAUGGCGGAUCGACAGUCACACCAUCUGACCCUCCCAAUGAGGAGUCCAGUGCAACAUCAUUGUCAGAGACGGGAAACUACCGUGUUUCCAGGCAACCUGAAAGAACUCUACUUCCGCCUGUCAUCUUGACAGCCAAUAGACCGACGGAGCCCGUUCCAGUCUCUGAUGCUUCGGCCAACCGGGAUAAGCCUUUACCAGCACCGCCGUCUGCUUACGACGUAAAUGGUGCCACAGAUGAGUCGAAAGAUUCUCAAAAUUGGGAUGCAGGCGGCGAGAUGUAUCGGCGAAGGAUCGAAGCUCUUCGUGAUAGAGUUGGCAGUGGCUAUCUCAGUGUCUUGAGCGAAGAGAGCUGGGAUGGCGCUGGAAAUACGUUCAUGUCCUCUGGCGUUCCAUCUGUCGCGACCUUACGGACAGGACAUGUUUCUCAUCAUGUGCCUCAAGCCCAAGCAAUUCACAGCGGUCGUACUUUGGGCUAA